GGGAGUUUCCAGUUCCAGACGUCGUUGCCGGUUCAAGCGCUUCAACUUGCUCGAGGGAUCAGUCCAACUACCGCUAUCGAAGCGUGAACAGCUUGUGGUAUUUUACAAAAGUAUAAAAGUCGUGUGAGAUAACAGCCACCUGUACAAAUUUUCCAUAUUCUCGUGCUAAAAAGUAUUGUGCAUCUGAAGCAUCAUGGCUUGUAACAGGGCUACUAAGUCUGGAUUUGCAGCUGAGGCUCAACGUAAGAUUAACAGCAAAUACAGCGAAGAGUUGGCUCAGGAAUGUCUGGAAUGGAUCAAAACGAUAACUGGCGAGAACAUAAGUACCAGUGGAGACAUGGACAAUUUCUAUGAAAUUUUGAAAGAUGGUACUCUUCUCUGCAGACUUGUUAACCAGAUUAAACCCGAUUCUGUAAAAAAAAUCAACCAAACUACCUUGGCAUUUAAAUGCAUGGAGAAUAUAAAUGCAUUCUUGGAAACUGCUAAAGCUCUUGGAGUUCCAGCCCAAGAAACCUUCCAAACAGUAGAUCUUUGGGAGAGACAAAACCUCAACUCUGUUGUAAUUUGCCUGCAGUCCCUUGGUAGAAAGGCUGGAAAUUUCGGAAAGCCAAGUAUUGGACCAAAGGAGGCAGACAAGAAUGUCCGUAACUUUACGGAAGAACAAUUAAGAGCCGGACAAGGAGUAAUCAGUCUGCAGUAUGGUAGCAAUAAAGGCGCGAAUCAAAGUGGAAUUAACUUUGGAAAUACUCGACACAUGUAAACUGACCACUUCCAUCAAUAAGUUAAAUUAUGAAACUUUCGCCGUACUCCUUUCAAGAUUAUCGUAAUCUACAACUCUGUUGUGCAUUUCACUGACAAUCUGGCGUAUAAUGGCGCAGAAACUGCAGAAAAAAACUACGAGUAGAGAGUACUGCAGAAUAUACAAUAUUAUAGAUUCCUAAGCCAGAUAUAAACCUGAAUGACAUAUAAAACUCAAUAGAUUCUAAAGUUAUUUUGACGUUUUACUUGUUUCGUCACUGUUCUACGCUGAAAAAUACGCUGACUAAAUUGCACAUCUUAUUUAAUGAUAGAUGUAUAGUAAUAACGUAAUUUUGUAAAUUGUUUCGUUGUUGCGUGAAAUUAUUGCGCGAUGACAACAGAAAAGAACUAGACAUUUAUGUUGCCAAACUAAACGCAUUUUAAUGAGAAAAACAGUGUGAAAUCAAAUAUAUAGUGUAUAUUCGUUUCGUACAACGAGUAGGUUGUAGAAAAUAUGAAAAUAGGUAUUUUAUAUUACUGUUAUUACGAUAAUUAUGUACGUGUUGCAGUCUAACAAAAUAUUUUUAAGAAUCCUGUUGCACAUGGAGUAAUAAUUUAUGUUAUUACAGUAUGGUUUGAAUGAUAUAUAAGAAAUUAAAUCUUAUUCAAUAUUUUGUACAAACGUAUUUUGGCGAUUAAAAUAUGUUAAAGGAUCCCAUUCAAAGUAUUUUGGGACGCCAACAAUAAAAAAAAAGUGUCAACUAAUAAAAAGAGUUUAUCGAUACU